AUUCACUUGCAUUGUAUGGACCUACAGAGCUUAAAUAUUCUUCUAAAAAUCUUCAUUGUGUUCUGCAGCAGAAAGUUAUACACAUCUGGGAUGGCAUGAGGGUGAAUAAAUGAUGAGAGCAUCAGCAGUUAGACACUCCUGGACUUAAAGUCUUCAAAAGGAUAAGAACAUAGAAGCCAAGACUCUUGAAAAAUGGAUCAAGAGCUAUGUGUGGUUGUUUUGGGGUCCCAGCCCUUUGAGAAAGCGUCAGUGAUAAACAGUAUUGUAGGAGAUCGAGUCGAGUCUGGCAGAUUCUUCGUGAAGUCUGUGAGGAGAGAUGGUGAAGUGAAUGGAAGAAAGAUCACUCUGAUUAACACUCCCUGCUGGUGGAAGACAUUUGGCUUGCAAGACUCACCAGAAGUGAUCAAACAGGAACUGGUGUGCAGUGUCUUCAAGUGUCCUCCAGGACCUCAUGUUUUUCUGCUGGUUAUUGAUCUCAGUUUGCCUUUUACUCAAGAACACAGAAUCAGCAUUGAGGAACAUCUGAAUCUAUUUGGAGAGAGAAUCUGGUCACACAUCAUAGUGCUCUUUACACAAACUGUUUCACUGAAAGACGAAUCCAUUGAGCAGCACUUACAGAGUCAAGGAGAAGAUCUGCAGCAGAUCAUACAGAGAUGUGGAGGAAGAUAUCAUGUUUUUGAUAUUGAAAAUAAAGGAAAUGGAGUUGAAGAACUGCUUGUGAAGAUUGAUGGUGUUGUGGCAGUAAACAAUGGCAAACACUUUGCAACUCAUGAGGACAUGCUACUCGAGAUUCAGAGAAAGAGAGACGAAAACCAAGAGAAAGCAAAAGCUAGACGAUUAAAGGUUCAGGAGAAAAGAGAUCUGCUGACAGAAAAAGGAGAUGUGUUUCCAUUCCUAAAACUGAGGGCCGUCCUGCUGGGGUGGAUUGUUUCUGGGAAAAGUUUAGCAGGUAACAUCAUCUUCAAUGAUGAAAUAUUUGAGAUAGGAAAAACUAAAAAGUGCACAAGUCAUUCUGGUGAUGUGGAUGGAAGACAAAUAACUGUGAUGGACACGCCAAGCUGUUGGAAGUAUUUCUCAACUAAAUUCAAUCCAGAGUUUGUACGGACUGCAAUCCUGGAGUGUGAAGGUCUAGCAGAACGUGUGAAAUAUCCCAAUGCCAUGAUCUUGACGAUUCCUGCAGACACAUCAUUUAAGAAUGAACAAAAACGGGUCAUUGAAGAGUACAUGGCCAUUUUCGGAGAGGACAUCUGGAGACACACCAUAGUUUUGUUCACAUGGGGCGACAGAUACCCAGACAUCUCAAUCGAGGAACACAUUGAGAGUGAAGGAGAGGCCCUCCAGUGGCUGAUUGAGAAAUGUGGGAACAGAUAUCACGUCUUUGACAACACAGACAUGAAGAAUCGAGCUCAAGUCAUAGAGCUGCUCCAGAAGAUUGAUCAGAUGGUGGCAGAAAACUGUUUGUUCCGUCUCGACACUCAUUGUGAUGCAGAAAUGAAUCUUCAUGAGACCGACACACAACAAGAUCUGGAUUUAGAGGAGGAAAUAAGUCUGGACCCACAGCAUGUGCUGAAAUUACUAAAUGAGGAGUUGAACAACAGAUUUAAGGAGAUAAAAAACAAGACAAAAGAAUUAGGGAAGGAUUUCACUGAACGUCUAGAAUGUGCAAGUCAGAGAAGUUUGCCAACCCCCCCAGAUUUUAGAGAACUGUUGGAGACACAAUGCAUGACCAGAAAACCUCUGCCGGAUGAUAAGCCAGUCAAUGAAAAACUUGCAUAUCAGAUUAAGAGGGAAGGAAACAGAUGGGAAGCCAUUAUAAUGCAGAGAUUCUUGAACAUUUUGAGGAACUCUACAGCAUCAUGUGAUGAGAAUGUGAUCCAAAGAUCAGUACAUGACGUGUGGAAGUGGCUUCAAAGAUGUGAGGAAUACAGCAUAUCUGGAUAUGAAACAAUCUCCAAUCUCAGUGAUCCAGAAGAAGAUCCACAGAAUACAGACACAUCAGAGGAUACAGUGAAACCUCAACAAAAUCAACAUUAAAUAACAUGAUCAACUGUUCAGUCAGACAGUGAUCAAUACCUGUAAAAAUGUGAAACAUCAAGAACAAUUGAUAUUUUACUUAACUUGUACAUGUGUCAUUAAUCGUUAAUUCAAAUGAUUUUACUUCAUAUUCAUAAUGCUGUACUUCAUGAUUCAAAUGUUAAAUUAAAAGAUCUAAAUGUAAUAAAUGUGUUCUUGAAGGAAAUUUACAUUAUAACUUUGUUGCAAUUUAGUAUAUGUUAUAUUAAUCACAUAUUAUUACACAGCUCUCUGUAAUAUUCCAUUCUAAAUGGUCAAUCUUGCUGGUGUGAUAUCUCUGAAUAACAUCCAGACAAUAGUGGACAGGUGCCAUCGCCAUUUACACCUGCUCAUCAUCUGUGUCUCUUUUGACCACUUGUGUUGGGAUUUCGAGUGGAGGGUCUCUGAUUUAAUGAAUGAAUACUAGUGGCAUUUUCUCAGAGGAGGCAAGGGAAGCAGUGCCUCCUCCAAAAGUUCAGAAGAGAAAAAUA